AUGAUGAAACUAGAAGUUUUGCUACAGUACCUUACUCGUCCAAAGAAUAAAGAUAAGUGUCGUUCAGUCUUUCGCCAUUCUUACAUCGCUAUGAACACUAUUCUACUCUCGCUAGCAAUCAACCUCUUCUAUGGCUACACUUGCUUUGGACUUGACAAUUCAAUUCCAUCGUCAGCCCUUAUUUACACUAAAGAUACGAGGAUUGUUAGUGGCACAGAAGCAACGCCCGGAGAAUUUCCCUGGAUGGCACAUCUGACAAUCGUCAGGAAGGGUAGAGAACGGGAAUGUGGAGGUUCUCUGAUCAGCCAAAAUUGGAUUUUGACUGCAGCCCACUGCGUGGAUAGAGCCGAUUCGGUGACGGUUGUCCUAGGAGCUCACAAUCUAAGUGCCGUCAGCGAACCAUAUCGUAUCAGUCUAAAAUCGACAGAAUUUCAUAUUCAUCCCAAAUAUUCCAGUGAGACGUUUCCAGAUGAUAUUGGUCUUAUCAAACUUCCAGUUAGCGUCACGCUCUCUGCCCGCAUUCGUCCAGUCGUUCUAGCCGAUCUAGGAAAUCGAGACCAUGUCAACAAUACGGUGGUAGUAAGUGGAUGGGGCUACUAUUCUGACGCUAUACAGUGGACAAGCGACGUACUUGUCAAAGCCUCGACGAUCGUCAUUUCCAAUGAAAAAUGCCAAGACUCGUGGGGAAGUAUGAUAGUCAGCACUAUGAUUUGUACAAGUAGAACACGAGGUGGCGUUUGCAAUGGUGAUAGCGGGGGACCAAUGAUUUUCCUUGUCGACGGUUCAUGGAUACAAAUCGGCAUCACGAGUUUUGGAGCUUCACCCUGUGAAUCCGUGAUACCUAAUGGCUUUACCCGUGUCCAAUCUUACUUGAGCUGGAUAACUUCAAUUACUGGCAUAUCUUACGCCACUACACCGCGGCCAACUACACAAACAAAUGUGUUUUCGUGUCAAAACGAUGGCAACAAGGCCAAUCCAGCAGAUUGCACCACAUUCUACAUGUGCUCCAAUGGAACCCCUUAUCUAUUCAACUGCCCGAGUGGAUUGGUUUUUAAUCUCCAACUCCAAAACUGUGAUUAUCGCCAAAACGUCCCCCAAUGCAGUUAGCCCCCAGAUAAUUUGGAUGCUGUUGUACAUAACGACAGAAAGGCACGAAAAGCGGACGACUUAUCGUAUUUUAUCGAAUGAAUAAUUUAUAAAAAUCUGUGUAGGUAGUCCUGAUAUAGCCAGUCUUUGAAAACACGACCCUCAUCCACUAAUUGGUACUAGAUUUCAACUGUGAACUGUCGAAUCACAAAAAAGUGUCGAUUUCAAUUACACUUAUUGGAAAUGCAAACGAUUCAAAUUGA